AAAUCCUAAACGUAAUAUGAUUAGGGUUACAUACAUCACGGGAAGUAGUUUUUUUGUUCAUCGUUCUAGAUACAAUACAAUGUAUAUUUGCUGCAAAGUUUUCCCUUAGGCUAGUGUUUCGAUAUUGCAAUCAACAUAUUUUGUCCGCAGUGCAAUCAAUGUGUUUUGUUCUGCACUAGUCCUUUAAUUAAUUCUCCAGUAUUGAGACGGUCUUAAACCCAGCAAUUUAAUAUGGUCUUUGAAACACUUAACCUGUAUGGCUUUCCAUCUGAUCAACGCUAAGUUGAGAUGUAGGUGAGAUAGAACCUAUGUUCCCAACACAAAAUUGGAACUGCUAGGUCAUGCAAAUUAGCUAGUGCAAACACACAUGGAAACAAGCAGUUUGAAAUUGAAAAAAUUCAUUUCAUGGACAAUUUUCAUUUGCCCCGCCUCUCCUUAAGUGACUUUAAAAGAAUUUAUACAGGAAGAGACGCAAAAUUCAGAAUGGCAGCCACAGUAGCAAAAGCGCCAUCUAUUCCGAAUGUGCAAACCACGCCCCCUCAACCACCCCAAAACAAAGUCGCCACAUCAAACGGGGGAACAAAAAUCAUCUUUAAUGGUAGACAAGAUACUUCCGGUGGGUACCCCUCUCAGUUUGUCAUUCACCAGAAACUGUCCUUCACAAAGCUUCCUAGCAUCGUUAAUCGAAUGCGAGCCGAGACUCUAUCCAGUAGAGCAAAGCGAGGGCGCUUCUAUAAAAGUGAUUCGUACGUGGAUUACCGAUUUUACAGUUGGAAAAAUCUGGCUCUCUGGAGCGACUACCAGUCCCAUCUCUGGAAGAGGGACGGAAGUGUCAAAACCUCUUUCAGAAAAUAAAACUUACUAAGAUAUUUAUACGUGACAAAGAGUGUUUUUUUGUAUUAUAAUAACUGUGUCUUUCACUACAUGGAACAGUAUUAGAGUUUAUUCAUAUAAAAAUAUCAUUAUAAUAAAAAUUGAUAACAUGAUUCACAGUUGCAGAUUUAUUCCUCAUCUGUACGAUUCCUUAAAUAAUAGUGAAUGAUUGUACAUGUAUCAUAAGAACUAGUUACCAACUAAAUAUGAAAUGAUGAUAUUUUGUUGAGUUUCGGCAUUUUACAGCUUGAAUAUGGUGAACUCUUAGUAAGCCAAGCUGUCUUAAAGUUUGUAUACAUGUAUAUAUUGAAGUGUGAUCCUAUGAAAUCCAAUACUGCAAGUAUACAUUGUAAUGAUUGUUAUCAUUGAUUUCACGUAUCAAAGUAUUUUUUAACUUUUUUCGUCGACUCAUUUGGGUUCAUAGAAUAUGUCAGGAUCACAUCCCUGUAUUUGUACAAAUGAAAACCUUCGAGGGAAGGAUACUCUAACAUAACAAAUAUUGUCAAAAGGUUUUUUUCUCUAAAUGACUCGAUACUUUGUUGUGCAUAAUUUCCUGAAUUUGGACUAGUGGAAGGAUAUUUUCAAAUGAGUCCAACCAAACUGGAUGUUUUAUGAUUUAAUAAAGAUACUAUCAUUUUUAUAACGCUUCUCUUCA